AUGUUGAAAAAUGCCUUUUUGUAACCAUUUCCAAUUGGACUUGGCUAUGGCUGCUUUCAAUCCUUCAUCUUGGGCAAGUUCUCAAUGGUUUAUUUUUAUUAUAAGUGCUCUGCUUUUAUUGGGUAUCUUUGGGAUCAUAGCGAGCCAACCAAGUAAGAAACCGAUUCAAAGACCUCCAGUUUCAAACAAAAUACGCAAACCCCCCAAGCUGUUUACGUUGGAGGAACUACGUGCGUACGAUGGGGAAAACGGGAAACCCAUAUACAUUGCAGUUCAGGGUCCCUUUGAUCAGACGCCCACAGUAUUUGAUGUUUCUCGCGGUAGAGACUUUUAUGGACCAGGAGGACCUUAUCAUGUGUUUGCUGGAAAGAAUGCCAGUCGUGGUUUGGCAAAGACAUCGACAGAUCCUGAUGACGUUGAAGGGCCUUUGGAUGACCUUUCUGAAAGUCAAAAGGAUAGUUUAAGUCAGUGGUACUUGCGGUUUAUGGAGAAAUAUGAGAAUAUAGGACAUUUGAAAUUAGAAGACAUAGAGAAUAUCAAGAAGACAGCAUAAUAUUUAUGGAAUGAAAUAUGUCCAUAUUUGUGUCUUGUUUGUUGCUCAUUGUAAUAAAACUAGUUCAAAGUUGGCUGUGUAGGGAAACGUGUUUGCUUCUCAAUGAAACGGAUGAAGAAAAAUUGCAAUUGAAAG